UUAGCGAUUCGUACCUUGAGGAAGUGUAUUCCUCUUAUCCUCAUUUGCCUGUUGCUUCUGGUUGUCUGGACUUUACGGAUGACACUGAACAAUAUCAACGAUAAGGUGAUUCUCAUGGCUUCGUCCUCAGUGUACAACGAGCCUGAAACAACUGCCUUAAAAAGAGAAGAUACAGUUAACUCAUCAGACCAAGAGGUCUAUUCUCAAAAUCUCCGCACAAAAUUGCUUACCAACGCGACCUGUCCACUGGACCCUCUACUUUUUCUUAUUUUGGUGUCGUCGAAUGUCGGGAAUUUUAAUAGGCGUCAGCUGAUACGGAAAACUUGGGGUACCGAUCACUCGAUCGAAACCAAAUGGAAAACAGUUUUUCUUUUAGGGAAGAACAACAAUGAAAGAGUAAUGGAAAACGCUACCGUAGAAUCCGGAGUAUACGGCGAUAUCGUGCAAGGAGAUUAUCAAGAACACUUUUGGAACAUGAGUUACAAAGUUGCGAUGGGAUUCGAAUGGGCGGUCAAAUAUUGCAACUUUUAUUACGUUCUUAAAGCAGAUGACGAUGUAUUUGUGAAUACUCUCGGUCUGGUGGAUUUUCUAAUCAAACAAACAACGCCAAUGAGUAAAUUAUACACCGGUCAUAUCAUGGUCGGCAGUCCUGUUUUGAGAAAUGGAAGAUAUGGAGUUACCCUCGAAGAAUAUAACGAAACCCUUUAUAAGCCAUAUUGUAGCGGAGGAGGUUAUAUCUUAUCCCGCGACGUGGUGGAAACGUUUUCAUCGUAUUAUGACGUGUUAAAGCCUCUUAAAAUUGACGAUGCAUACAUUGGUAUACUGGCAGAAAAAGCUGGAAUUAAAGUGAUUCAUAAUAAAGAGUUUCGUAUGUACGCAGACAAAUGUGAAUACAGGGAAGCUACUUUAGUGCAGCAUCCAGCGCGAGGAGACUGCGCGUUAAUGCUUUACCACAGAAUGAUAAGCUGGAAAAGCAAGAUGUACCGAAAUGGCUAG